CUCUUCUUGCUCUUUUUACACAAGCAAAUCAAGCUUAGAAAAAGAAAAGGAAAUAAAAAAAUGGGAAUGGUAGUGGUGAUCUCUCUUCCUUUAAUCUUCUUGUGUUUAAUUCUUGGAUUUGGUUGUUACUUUUUUGGAAGAGCAAGAGGAAGACGUGAUGUUUACACAAAUCCUCAAGUUUAUGGUAUGCCAACUCCACCGCCAGGUGCUGCAAAAACCUUAUCUUCACCUUCUCCAUUACCUCAUUCCAAACCAAACUUUGUUGCCAACAACGUUUGAUCUCAACUGUCUCCAACAAUACUAUCCAAUAUUUCUGUUCUGUGCCUUUCUUCUUUUUAUUUUUACUUUACCAGUAAAAAUUUCGGUUGGUUAAUUGUUGCAUAAAUAUUUGUAGCAUUGGGUUUGGUGUAAAUUAGUUGUUGUUUGUUGUAUUAAGAGUCCAAUUAAGAUUCAUUUUAUUUGUAUUAUACACCCCUUUUGCAAGGUUGAAAGUUUAAUCAACUUUGAUUAACUUUUAACUUCUGAGUUCAAUUUUGUACACUUAAGUUUUGAAGUCGUAUAAGUUUAAGUUAAUUGGGUGGUUGAA